AUGGCUAGUGGGAAUGCCACUGCAUCACCGCCAAAUUACUAUUGCUAUAAAUGUUGUCAACACAUUGUACCUGUAUCUGUACCGUAUGAAUGUCCCAGAUGUAAAGAAGGAUUUAUUGAAGAAGUUCCUCCAGAACAACAAAAUGCUCAAGCAUCGGGAAGGGGCAGGCAUCAAAUAGGAAGAUCACCAUUUGGAACCAGUCAAACGAUCUUUGUACCUGGAGGAAACGGAUUAGAACAAAUGUUACAGUCAAUCAUUCAUCAAAUAACUGUAGGUCCAGACAAUAUGCCAUUCGGAAACAUCAUUAUGCAACCGGGUGGUCAAAAUUUUGAUUUUCUUGCGCAGUUUCUAAAUCAACUGGAAAAUUCCGGUCCGGCACCAGCACCAGAAAAUCGAAUUCAUGCUAUCCCAACAGUGAAAAUAACAGCCGAACAGGCACGUGAUAAUCUACAGUGUGCUAUAUGUAUGGAUGAAUUUAGACAAGAUGACGAAGCAAAACGUUUAAAUUGUAAUCAUUAUUUUCAUGAACAAUGCAUAUCACGAUGGUUAAGACUGGUAAGACUAUGUUAGGUUUUCUUCCUUUCUCGUGGAUCAUUCCAGGAAACGAAGAAAGAUAACCACAGAGAGAAAAAAUCGAUGUUCAUUGGGCAAUUGUCUUAUCAUUGCUAUUAGAUGUAAACUAAACGAGGGAAAGGAAGGAAUCGACCAUAUGUGUUUUAGUAGUCUUUUGUGAAACUCCUUUUAAUAGUUUUCGAAGGAAGAAGGAAUAUAAGUUUUAUACUCAAAUCUUUAGGAUUUUGGCCAUUUUUUCUCAGAGAUGGGCAACUUCAGAAGGAGUUGAAGCUGACAAUUUCGGAGUUGAGCGGACUUUUUGUGGAGUUAUGCAAAAUUUAUCGGAGUUAGACUGUGUAUUUGAGCAAUAUCGACGCUAACACAAAUAAAAGUUGAGCGGUUCCUACGGAGUUAUACCAAGAGUUACAUUGGUUACUAACGGAGUUGAAAUUAGAGUUGCCCAUCUCUGCUUUUUAUUCCCUUCUCUCUUCCUUCCCUAGUAAUGACCCUAAAGGCUUCUGUCUAGCAAUUAGUUUAUUACCUUAUAUUUGUAACAAAAAAUAUUAACCAAGAAUUAACAAUAUUAACUGAGUGCCCGCUGCUCAGAGGAGUUCCACAUUUUAGCCUCAAUCUGAGCUCCGCUCACAAGAUUUUUAGUAAUAAUACAUGGCUUAGUGAACAUUGGUAAACAAAUCGUUGAUUGUACUACGUACUCUAUAUUACUGCGUAAAUUAAAAUUUUACUUUAAAUGUAAAUCGUACACUUAUUUUAAUCGAGAAGUUCUUUUUUGCACUACCCAGGGGUGGCACUUUCUCGUUUCUUUCCCAAAAAAAGAAAAGUAAAAACUGGCUUUCCUUUUCUUUUGGAAAAGAAAAGUUUUUACUUUCCUACGUUUCUUUCCUAAAAGGAAGAAAAAGAAAGUAGAUAUAACUUUCUUUUGUGUUUUUCUGCACGAAUAAAGCACUUUGAAGCAAAACCAAGUCCAUAAAGGGUGUAUACUAAGUUCUGACCCGCUUUGUAAAUUGACGUUAUUUAUAUGAAAUACAUGUGAUACAUUUC